UUAAAAUGAUUUGUGGCUGAAAUACUGAAUUACGGUUAUUGUAUUUUGAUCGAUCACAAGUACCGCGGGUGAUCCGCUGUGAUCUGAUUAAAGUGCAAUUCUAGAAUGAUAUCUCGAGAAAUGUAUGGGGUUUCAAUGUAUGGUUGGUUUGUUUUCCAGUGCGAUGUCUGAACGAUCCAAGAGAACCUUGCAUGACUCAGAAAGCUGCAGCUGACAGGAGCGCUUGGAUGCUGGAGGAGCGGGCAACAUGAGUUGGAGUUUCUUGACGCGCCUUUUAGAGGAAAUCCAUCAUCACUCUACCUUUGUUGGGAAGAUUUGGCUAACGGUGCUGAUAGUUUUCCGCAUCGUCCUGACUGUGGUGGGAGGAGAAUCCAUUUACUACGAUGAGCAAGCCAAGUUUGUCUGCAACACCGAGCAGCCAGGCUGUGAGAAUGUGUGUUAUGACGCCUUUGCCCCGCUUUCUCACGUGCGUUUUUGGGUUUUUCAAAUCAUCUUGGUGGCCACGCCGUCUCUCUUGUAUCUGGGUUACGCCGUGCACAAAAUCGCAAGGAGGGAGGAGCGCAAUGAGUACGAUAAGAGGGCAAAGAUGAGGUCUUUUCCUUUGCGCUGGAAGCAACAUCGCGGGCUAGAAGAAGCCGAGGAUGACAACGAGGAAGACCCAAUGAUGUACCCAGAAACUGAACUGGAAAGUGAGAGAGGCCAUCGGGAGGCGAACCGCAGCAAAAUCAAGCAUGACGGCCGUAGACGGAUCCGCGCUGAUGGGUUGUUGAGAAUUUACGUUUUGCAGCUGCUGGUCAGAACAUUUUUUGAAGUGGGUUUCCUGGCCGGGCAGUUUUUUUUAUACGGUUUUGAAGUAAUUCCAAAAUAUGAGUGCAUUACGAAGCCUUGCCCUCACAUGGUAGACUGCUUUAUAUCCCGUCCCACUGAAAAGACCAUCUUUCUGUUAAUUAUGUAUGGGGUGAGCUGCCUGUGCUUACUCCUGAACGUUUGGGAAAUGCUCCACCUUGGCUUUGGGACCAUACGCGAUGCGCUUAAUAACCGGAGAAAGGAGGUGGAUGAUUCCUCAACAUACAAUUACCCGUUCACCUGGAACACCCCAUCAGCUCCUCCUGGUUACAACAUUGCAGUAAAGCCAGAUCAAAUUCAGUACACGGAGCUCACCAAUGCCAAAAUGGCUUACAAACAAAACCGGGCCAACAUUGCUCAGGAGCAGCAGUAUGGAAACAGGGCGGACAACCUCACGACUAACCUGGAGCACCUGCACCGGGAAAUCCAGGUUGCUCAGGAACGGCUAGAAAUGGCCAUCCAGGCCUACAACAGCCAUAGCAACACACCCAUCGCCAAAGAGAAAAGACUCAAGAAAGGGUCGAACAAGAGCAGCGUCAGCAGCCGGUCCGGAGACGGAAAGACCUCGGUUUGGAUUUAAUCACCACAAACAGGUUGUGACUCCUCGUCUCCGGGAGGAACUGUCAAGCAGAAUAAUAACUUCCAUUUCUAUAAAUAUUUUGGUUCAGUUCAUGUUUCAGAGGCACUUGACAGCAUGAGCCUGCGCUUUAAAUAAAUAU